UUAAAGGAACUCCAAAAAUGGAUGACUCGGGUUGAAUACACUGUCAAAAACUCAAAGGUCUACAGCGACUUCGAGCUACAGGGCAUUGACGAAGAAAAGUUAAACGGGAAGAUCUACCAGUCGAUCAGUCGAAGGCUACAGCUGGAAGAAGCCAAUGUGGCACUGCACGAUCACUGUAACGGACACACGCAAUCAGUCUUUCCAUCGUCGCUGGGUAACGCCUCUGCCGCAGUCUCGAACGUAUCCAGUAUGGUCGAGGGUGCUGGCGCUAAAGUAUUCUCAUUCUUUAAAUAA